CAGCGCAGAGACUCACACGGACCGCGCAGGAGGAGGACACGUCCCGGGGCCACACGGUAGUGGUGGAGGAUCUUCCUUUUUUUUUUCUUUUCUUUUUUUUCUUUUUUAAAUCCUUUCUUCUCCCAUAUCAUUCAAGUCGCAUCACGUCCAUCUGUCUGCCGCAGACCACCUGGCCCCACAUGAGUGGAGACUUUUAGCCGGGAAGCAGGYUGGACCGCUGGAGGAAGACGGACAACUUGGAGGCUGCUCUGUGGAGAUACGUCCAGAGUCGAACCUGAGGUGUCCCGUCUCCAUCCCCGCCUGCUUAAAACCAACCUGCUGCUGCCACAGGAGGAAAACUACACCCAGAGACCUCUUGGAUCGCUUGAGAGCACCUUUAUAAUGUCUUAGGGGAUUUAAGGUCUCAAAUAUUAACAUUUUGCACACCAGGUGUGUCAUCUCUUUUGUCCUUUUUUUGGGAUAUAUCUAACUCUUAAAGUGCCUUAUACAAGUGGUUGAAAUCUAACAAAACCCGACCUGAGACGCUCAACGUUGUGGGUGGGACAGCAAGACCUUUCUUCUCAGCUUUUAGAGCUCCAGGCGGGAUUAUUUCUCCUGCAGCCAUGAGCCAGGCGGAYGUGUCGACGUGCUCCGCGCCGCAGAGGGUUUUCCAGGAGGCGGUGAAGAAGGGCAACACCAAGGAGCUGCACUCGCUGCUGCAGAACAUGACAAACUGCGAGUUUAACGUCAACUCGUUCGGACCAGAAGGACAGACGGCCCUGCACCAGUCCGUCAUCGACGGCAACCUGGAGCUGGUCAAGCUGCUGGUGAAGUUCGGCGCAGACAUCCGGCUGGCCAACCGGGAAGGGUGGAGCGCUUUACACAUCGCAGCCUUCGGGGGCCACCAGGACAUUGUGCUAUACCUCAUCACCAAGGCCAAGUAUUCCUCUGGGGCCCGGUGAUCUGUCUCUGCUGUCAGGUAAACAAGAAAAGCUUCAUUUAAAGAAAAAAAAAAAAGAAGAAAGAACAGAUU